AGUAUUACAAAAUAAUUAAAAAUAGAAAACUGCUUGAAUUAAAAUUCAUUGAUAAGUAUUACAAAUCAAUUUUAAGCAUUAAAUUUUAUGAGUCAAAUUAGAAAUUAAGGUUCAAAAAGUCCCUUUAGGAGAGAUGAAUAAUCAUUAAACAGCUCUGAGCUUUAUCUGACAGAUUAAUUCAAUUAGGAAGAAAGAAAAAAAUUGUAGUAAUAAGCCAUUACAAUAUCUGCCUUGACCUAAAAGCUUUUAAUCUAUAGUGAAAAAAAUGGUAUUGAUAAGUAUUUGAAGGUUAAUUUAGUGAAACUAGCUGAAAAAUUAAUCUAAAAGAAAUAGUUCCCUAAAUUUAUAGUCGAAAAAAGUAUUGAUGUGCUAAAGUUGUUAAAUAAGACAGCUUCCAAACUUGUUGAAGCCAAAGAUUAUAAUUCAGGUAUGCUAAUUUUAGAUUUGGCUUUGAGAAUAAGUACUUCAGUUAAAAAUGGGUUAGAAUCAGAUUUAUAGUAGUAUAUAACGUUAAAUAAUAUUGCUAUACUAUGUAGCAAAAUCGGAAAAGUUACUCUUUCAAAAAAGUAUUUGAAGAUAAUUUUAGAGAAAAUAGCGAGCAAUUACUGGGAUAAAAGAACAGAUAUGCUAGAUAUUGUAGAAGCUAUAACUUUAAAUAAUUUAUGUAGCAUUUAUGUUAAAGAAGAAAAAUAUGAAAAGGUAUACUAUCACUCUGAAUUGGCAUUGAUUUUAAUUGAAAACAAGCUGUUUAAGAGAAUUAAGGAGGAAGGAGAAAAUAAAUUAAAAAAGGAUACCUAGUUUGUUAGCGAUCUACACAUUCUUCUUUAAGGAUACAUUUACAGAGGAUGGAGUUAAGAUGAAAUAAAAAAUCAUAAAUAUCAAGAUUAUAUUUUGAGUAAUUCACAAGGGGAGGAAUCAUUUUCUGAUAAAUAAAAGAUUUACAAUAACGGAUAUAGACUCUCUAGCACCAUUUUAGGAAAAGACCAUAUGAUGACUAUAAGCUUUUAGCGAUUACUAAAGUAAGCAAAAAGCGAAUAGUAAGAAAUUUUAAAGAAUAUGGAAAAAUAAAAGGAUGAUGGCUCAUCUGAUGAAUAAAAUGCUCAUUUAAGAUUUUAUUAAGACAGAAUUAAAAAAGUUGCUAUAAUUUAUGAAUAAAAUUAUAUUUAAUUAAGCAUGGAAGAUAAGCUCUAUAUUUUGAAAUAAAUAUUUGCUAAAACUGUGAAUUAAAACAUCUAAGAAUCUAAUAAUAACAUUACAAUAGUAGAUAGCUAAGAAGAUAUUGAAGACAGUCUGGAAUUAUAGGGAUUAAACUUCGUAAAAACCGAAUAUAUUAAACCAUCUUAAAGCAGAUCUCAAAGAACGUCUCCUAUUAGUAGCAAGAAAUUUAGGACAAUUAAAAAUAAUUCAAAAAAUUAACCAACCAAUAAAUUUAUUUUUAGGAAUUAAUCACCCAAUUUUAGGGUUAAUUAGAACUAUUUAAAGGGAAAGCGUCUAAAUAAUUAGUAGUUUUAUAAUACAGAUUUUCAUUAUGGCAUGAAAGAAAGAGCACAGUCUUAUCAUUCAGGUCUGAACUAAUAAUACUUCUUAAAUUAGACAGCUAACAAUAUGCUUCGUGGUUUGAAUGAUAAUAAUUAUGUAGGAAAUGAUCCACAUUAAAUAGGUCUCAAUUAAACUAAUACAGGCUAUUUGUAGUCACAGUAGUAGCAUUUAAAUAGUUUAUAUCCAAAUGAAACCAACUUAGAUCUGAUGACAAUAAAUAAUGGCUUAGUUGACUAUCAGCCAUAAAGUUUAAAUAGACAUCAGUAACUUUAAUAAUAACUCUUUAUGUAAAGCAAUGGAAACGGCUUGUUGUAUUAAAAUAAAAAUAGAUUCAAUAAUCCAGCAAGCUAUAUUUAAAACCCUAACCAUUUAAAUAACACUACCGAUUAUCAAAAUAAUAAUCAAGUUAUAAAUCAACAAGAUUAUACAAUAAAUUAAAUGGCUAAUUAUAACUUGUAAAUGCCUCAAUUUAAUUAGCAACCUAAUUUGGGAGCAUCUAUUCAGCCUAAUUAGUAUGGUCAGCCUAAUCGUAUUAAUUCUGCAAUAAAUGGAUUAACUCCUCAAAAUCCUACUCAACAAUAAUAUUUACCUUAAAUUUAAACAUAAGGUAUGACACCAAAUCAAGUUUUGUAAGCAUAAUUAACAAAUUUAAGCAAUGUUAAGUAUCCGUUUUAGAAUGGGUUAGGAAUAAAUAAUUAAAAUAAUGGUGGUGGUUAGCUUUAACUGUAAUAAAAUUAAUUUAACUAAAAAAUUAUAGCAUAAAAUAAUAACUAAUAAACAAUUUAAGAUGAAAAUAAUAAAAUUUCUUCAAAUUAAAUAAAUUUCUUUCACUAAAAUAAAGAUAACACUCAAGGAAAUCAGCCAGUUUAAUAAAUAAAUGAUUAAUUAUCGUAUAACAAUAAUAAUUAAAACAAUAUUAUACUAAAUAAGAUUGUAGAAAGCAGUAAAAAUUCACCUUAAAAUUAAAUUACUGAUAAUUUUAGCUUGAAAAAAUAACAAUCAAAUCAUGGUCAAAAAGAAAAAAUUUAACUGAUAAAUUAAUAGAAACCAAAUCUAUUAGAUGCUAAUGAAGCUAAUUCAUAAAAAGAAUAUUUUAUUUUAAACAAAGAAUAUAAUGUACCCGAAAGUGCAGCCUUCCCAAACUAGCAUGGCGAAAAUAAAAACCUUAAUGAAAGCAAAGAUAUGAAUCAGCAAUAAGCUAAAAUAUAUUAAGAUUAUGCAGGAAAACUUACUGGCACUUUUAAUUCAGAAUAGAUUAAAAAAAUCAAUGACAGUUAGAGAGAACUUAAAACUAAUCUAAAUAAAAAACCAUAAUAAUAAUAAUAAUAGUAAUAAUAAGAUGUAGCUAGCCCAUAAGUAUAAUAAUAAUAUAACAUUCCACUUCACUUAAUAGAUAAUAAAAAUAAUUUAUCUUAAAAUGGAGAAGUAACAAAAAAUAACAAAUCGACACAACCAUCAUCUUAAAUGACACCUUAAACUAAUAACUAAACAAAUAACAAACCUUUAUUUGAAAUAAACAAAUUCGAAGACAAUUCAUAAUAAAAAAAGAUCACUAAUGAGCAGAAGCGCCAAAAAUAUUAAGAAUAAUAACACACGAAGGAAAUUGUUAGCCUUAAAAAUAUUCCUAACAUUGGUUACUCGUAGUUAGAAUCAUAAAUGAUCGAGAAGCCUAAUGGGACAAUAGGAGCACCGAAUUUAAAUUCAGGAGCUGUUAAUAACUAAGUAAGCAAUAAUCAUAAGGAGGAAGAAGGAAUGAAAGAUGAAGUAUUGUAGAAGCAUUAAAUUAUUAACACUGUUGGAAAUUUAAAGCUCAGCGAAUCUACAGCAUACAACCCAUCAUCUCCAAAAAACUUAUUAGGGUAAAGAGAAAAUACUCACCAAAAUUAAAAUAGCCCUUAGGUAAAUCCUAGUAAUCCAAAUCAUGUAACUAAGCAUACUGGUGGCACAAGUGUAUAAUCUCCAACAAACUAUAUUAACAAUGUUAUUAUGAUGUAAAAUCAACAAUUCCAAAGUCCCUAAGUAACUAAAUUGGCAAGUAAUUUAAAGAAAAUCAAAGACGAAGAAAUUAUAGCUAAUAAAAUGGGAUCUCCUCAAUCUUAGUCUCCUUAAAACUACUCCCAUGCAAAUAAAUUUUAAAUAAGCACAAAUUAAAAUGGCAUAUAAGUAAUUGGAAGCAUGGGCAGUGGUACGUUAAACUCAGCUGGAAAUAAUAUAAGUAAUAAUGGGCAAUAAUUUGUUUAUCCUUAAAAUAACCAAGCAACAAACAAUAAAUUACCGAUGACUUCAUACACAAAUAUAAGUUAGUAAGCAAGGGGAUAAUCUAAAUAAAGGAUUCCUUCUAUAAAUGCUAUGGUACAAAACAUUACUAACUCAUAAAAUACGUAGAUGUUUGCAUCAGAUAUAUCUCUAACUAAACAUUAAAAGUAAAGUGAAUUCGAUGUAUAUACUCCUAUAGGUUCGCAAAAGUAAAAUUAAUGGGCUCUUUUCAACGAUGGUGAAAUAGACUAUUUGCGUCACAUUAAAAUAGAAUCUCUUAUAAAUUCCAACUGCUCUGUUGCUAAAAUACUUUAAUUUAAUUCAGUAUAAUAUCUGGUUGAAGUAGGAGUAAGUAAGAAUACCCAGGAAAUAACGUUUUCAGGAUUUUAAAUACAUGAUAAAGUGCAAUUAAUUACAGAAAGCCUUACUCUUCCGGUUUUGAAGGGAAUUCUAAAUUUUUUAGAUUUGAAUGAAGGAACUCCGUAUAAUAAGCCUUUUAAAACAAUAUAGGGCUUUAAGGAUUUAUGUUAAUACUUAAUAUUCCCUUUUAUAAGAAUAAAUCCAUAAGAAAGAAAGAUAGAAAUGAACUUCUCUAAUUACAGUAUCCUCUAAUAUUAGUAAUGGUCAAUAGAGUUUUUAAAAACUACAUGCCAUGCUACAUUUAUUCAUUUAAAUAACAAUGAAUUUAAAUUUACUUUAAGAUAGUAAGCUGGAUCUCAACAAAGUAAUAUUGACAAAGACUUUAUUCGAAUUGACAUUAAAUUUGAUGAAGCCACAAUAAAAUCCUAAUUUCAAAAGCUUUAGUAUCCUGAUGAGUAAGGAAAUGAAAUAGUCGAUAAUUAUGAAAGAGACGACAUAAAAUAUAUUGUAGACAUAUCAGAUCUUCUUGAUGAAGAAGAUAAUAAAAAAGAUUCAUUGCUGUAAGAAAUUACCAGCAUAAUGGCAAACUCAAAAAAGCAUUAAAAAAUUCAUUUAACUAAUUAUUAAAUCCCAAAUACAAUAAUAUUUUGCUAAAAGUUAAAUGAUUUAAUGAAUUUAGUUUAAUCUUACUUAAUGAAGAAUCACAACAUUACAUCUUAUUAAUAAUAUGUUGAAGAUUAAUCUAUAAAAGUGCUAAGGAUACAUAUAAAUGAAGACUUUAAGAAAGGAUAAAUUUUUUUCAUUAGAGAAUCUCAUCCCCAACCAAAAACAGUAUGUGUCAGCAUUUAAAAUAUCCAUGAAACACACGCUCCUCAUGGCAAAUUGGUACAAUGUGUAGGUAAAAAAGAAGUACCUUUAGAAGAAUUCUGGAAAACGUUUGGAGUCUAAUAUGAUAAUUUAGAUAAAGAAGAAAGAUAUUACUUCCUCACAUUAAUUGGUCUGAAAUAUAAUUUGUAUACACACACAAAGCCGCUUGAAUUAGAUGAUUACGGAAGGUAUUAAGAAAAUCCUAUUAUAACAAACACAUUAAGCAUAGGUGGUUUUUCAAGAACACUAAAAGGUACUUCUUACAAAACUCCAAUGACAUGUUAAUUGAUAGGAAUUGAUGAUGUUCCGUUUGGAGUUAAGGUUGUACUUCAUGAUUUAGAAUAAAACUCAGAGUCUGGAGUAUUUUAUAUCAUUGAUUCAGUUAAUUGGACUAAAUUUAAGAGAUAAGAAGAUCCAAAUGUAAAGAAGAAGAGGACGAAAAAAUAUAAAGACGAGUACGAUAUUAUCAAAAACUAUGAGCUUACAAAUAUUUUGUAUUCAGUUGGGUUCAAGCUGCUUGAGAACUCUAUUUAAUUCAGAAAAUUUUAAUCUAACUAACUUUACAUAGCAGGAAGAAAUCUGUAUUCAGGAUUCAUUUCAAAUGUAGAUAGAUUCGAAAAUGUUGUCAAUCUAGCAGAAAUAGCUAACCAAAUAGUUCAAUAAUAAUGA